CUAAUUGUAUAUAAAGAAUUGUUCCGAGCGGACGGGUUGGCGGCUUAGCUAUGUUAAAGGAAAUAUUUAUACUGUGCUUAACAAUCAUUCACGGGGAAUUUGUUUCGUGUGUGCCAGACUCGUACCAAACAGCACGCGAUGCUAUCCUAAAGGCAGAACGACAACAAAGGCUGGGAAGCCAAAUCGAGCUAAAUUCUGCGGAACUGGCACUGGAUAAAUUUUUACUUCAAGACAAGCAGACGACAAUCGAAAAUGCACGUGUGGGAGGAUCGGAUUUUCCGCCUUCUAUUAAUUUCUUUCAGUCUAAAAAAUGGAUCGAUGACAGUCCCGUUUUUAAAGUCAUAGAAAAAAUGCCCAAAGGUUGUGCCCUACAUGUCCACGACUCAUCUAUAACCAGUUUAGACUGGAUAAUAUCAAACGUUACCUACAGAGCUAACUGUUAUAUAUGCUUCAACCAAACCACUGGAUCACCAAGUCUACAUUUUUUUAAUAAACCCCCUGUUAAUAAAGGAUGUGAAUGGGAAUUGAUAUCAACAGCACGAACACGAAUUGGUAAUGAUAAAACAUUUGAUCAACAGUUGUUUAGAAAUCUUAGUAUUAUAGUAGAUAACCCAGAUGAUGCGUAUGUCACGGUUAAUGACGUAUGGAAGAAGUUCAGUAAAUAUUUUGGACUGAUAAACGGUGUAUUAUAUUACGCCCCUGUGUUUAAAGACUAUUUCCACCAAGCUCUAGUCGAGUUCUAUCAGGAUAAUGUCCAGUGUCUGGAAGUUCGAGCCGGACUUCCACAGGUUUAUGAACUGAAUGGUACUGUACGCGAUCAAGACUGGGUUGUUCAAGCCUACCAAAGUAUAUCAACAGAAUUCACCAAACAGAACCCAAACUUUUGGGGCACCAAAAUAAUUUACUCUGGCAUCAGGUUUAACCCAGUUGCUACUAUAUUAAAUAAUGUGAAAGAUGCGAUGAGACUGAUGAAGGCAUAUCCUGAUUUUGUAGUUGGUUAUGAUUUAGUUGGUCAGGAAGGAAUUGGUAACACGUUACUAUAUUAUAUUGAUGAUCUACUGUAUCCUUCCCAACAACAACCUCCAGUUCAUCUACCUUAUUUCUUCCAUGGCGGUGAAACAGAUUGGAAAGAUACGCGGGUUGAUGAAAAUCUAAUCGAUGCUAUUUUAUUGAAUACAAGUCGUAUAGGGCAUGCCUUCGCUCUCAAUAAACACCCGUAUAUCAUGCAAGUCAUGUCUGAAAGAGGUAUUGCUGUUGAGGUUAAUCCUAUAUCUAAUCAGGUAUUAAAAUUAGUGGCUGAUAUCAGAAAUCAUCCGGCUGCUCUGCUGAUGACCGGAAAAUUUCCUGUUGUCGUAAGCUCUGACGAUCCAGCUGUAUGGAAUGCAAAACCCCUCUCUCACGAUUUCUACAUGGCAUUUAUGGCGCUGGCUGGGGAAGAUGAAGGAAUCAAAAUUUUGAAACAAUUAGCCAUAAAUUCUAUCAAGUUCAGUGCCAUGACAGACAAAGAAAAAAAGGCGGCUUUGGCAUCAUGGAAUGUACAGUGGGACAAAUUUAUCAAUGAUUGGAAUACUUAUAAUAAUAACUCCCAACACGUAUCGCGUUCGGAUCACACAGUCAAAAUUAUUGGUUAAUCCAUAUACGUAUAUUCAAUAAAACCUAUAUUAAGCGACCACAUAAGGAAAUUAAUCAAAGUGUCCGUGAUUUAUGUGGUCGUUUAAUACGGGGACAUGGUUUUAGUCGUACUAAUCACUGAGAAGUAUUUUGAUUAAUUUUCCAAUUAUCCGUAUUGUUUUUAUGAAAUCAUUUAAAUUUUGAACAUGAUGUGUGGAGGCAUAGCAUCAGAUUCAAUUGACCACAACAAACACCGGUGAUUAGCAGGGUGGGUAUAUUUUAUGUGAAAUACAUGUAACGACCAUCCAACAAGUAGGCCUGUCUUAAACGUCACACGAGUGUCGAUCAGUAUCAGAUAAACAACGAAUAAUAGAGAUGCCCUUAAUAUAUGUUGAAUCUAAUAGUUGAUCUUUUGUAUAUUCAUACGAUUUGCUAACUGUAGACAAGCAGUAUAAGUUUAGUAUGUGUUUUACCUUGAAGCCGGAAGAUUUUACUUUGGACAAAAUGAAAUGAAAUGCAGGGCUGUUUACCCUGACACCGGUACAUGGAAUGGUAUUGGGUGACAAUUAAAACCGUGUGCUUGAUUAUUUUGUUAUCAUAUAUUUUUAAAUUCGAAUAUUUAAAUAAAAUCCCCUGACGGUGUCUUUAACUAUUGUUAUAUUGAUUGACUUGUGGAGAUAUAUGAUUUUAUAAAUAAGGACUGGUUUGGGCUGUAAUAUACACGAUGAUGAAUUGAAUAGUAGAGGUUAAAAAGGGUUAAUAGUAACAAUUAAUUAAUACAUACAUGAAAUGAGGUUUUACGUCCGGCUAAUAAAGACGGACAUAUGCCAUGUAGUUUGUUAUGAGGGAAAUUUUAUCCGGACAAGGGCGCUAGGCCCUAAUCUUACAUCGAAUUCCAAAUGUCAAUGGUUCGUUUAAUUAUAAUGAAUAAGUAUAUGGCAAUUUAUAAAGUUUUAAUGACAAUACUUUAAUUAAUCAAUUAUUGUAUAAUAGUCAUGACAAUGAUGGUUUAUUACGGGUUCAAAUGAUUAUUUUAUCCAAAUUAUUACGAUUUAAUUGAUCUUUUAUUGUAGAAUAUUCAUAACAUUGAUUGUAAAAGAUGCAUUAUGUAAGAGCUAAAUCUAUUGAAGUAUAACGUUGCCAAUAUUAUUUCAAUGUUUACGGCGCAAAAUGCAUGUCAGCAGUUCAAAUACGUAUUUUAGUUUUACAAUUUGCAAUUUCCAUUGCUCCACAAUACCAUUGUCACAGUGUUGAAAUAUAUUGGCAACGUUAUUCUUCCAUAACUGUCCAACCUCGUGGGUUUUCUCCGGGUUCUCCGGUUUCCUCCCACUGCUAAAGACCCCUACGCGCAAGCAAAUUAUGUAAAUAAAAUUAAACCUUAUGUUAGUCCCGAAAUGACCUAGUUUGUGUCGAGUGGACUUUAAUCCCCAUUUCUCUCUCUCUUCCAUAAAAAUCUGCCCACGGCAGGUCUUUAUUUUGGCUUCAAAUGUUAUACAAACUAUUAUUUAGAUAUUAUAAACAUGAUAAGCCCAGAACAUUGGAUGGCAUAGAUUGAAUUGGAUUAGAACGCCCGUUAGAUUAAAAUAAAAUAACGAUAAAAUGGAUAAUUGAGACUGAAUCUCGUUCUUCCAGUACCGUUGCUACGAUAAUAAACAACCAAUGAUACACCUCCCAAGACUCAUAACUUCGCUGUAAUAAAGUAAUUUGACUAAGAUUUUCAAAAUAUUCAUUUUACAUUAUUUAUUUUUGAACUAUUAUAGCAAAAACGACCAGCUCUUUAUGUAAAUCGUACAUAAUGCAUCUUUAACUAAGGGUUCGAAUAAAUUGAAAUAUCCUUUAUAACUCAUUAUAAUUUAUUCAAUCGUUUAUUGUUCAAUGAUGGGUUAAUAUGGGCUUAAAUAAACUACAAUAUCCAUUACAAAUUGUCCAUUAUAAGUUAGUAUAAUUUGAUUAAUCUGUUAUUGUGCAAUAGGUACGACAAUGUUACGGGAUCCAAUGGAUUAUUAUGAAAUGGCCAAAUUAUUUUUAACUUAGUAUAAUUUAGUUAAUUUUUUAUUAUACAACAAUGUUGCCAAUGAUUGGUUAAUACGGGUUCCAAUAUCCAGAAUUAAUCGUUUUAAUUUAUUAAAAUGUAUUUAAUCUUUUAUUGUACAUAAAAUUAUUUAUGAUUAUUAUUUAUUGAUUGUGAAUAUUGUAGCUGGGUAUACGUUUUCUUUUUUGAACACUUUGUUCCUAAAACAGUGGUUCAGUUUGUGCUCAUUGGUCUGCAGGGUUCGCUUGUCGACCAAUCAUAACUGCAAAACGAAAUAGGUACACAUAUGGGUUAUGAGAAUCUACUUAAUGACAACCAAGGCUUGGUCGUAUAACCUAAUAGUUUGGAUGCAGCUAUGGCGGGUGUGGCGCCAGGCAGGGUAAGCUUACUCUUCCGAACACCUGUUACCACUGUUUGUCGUGUAUUUUGUACACGAGGAGCAGUCCAUUUGCUGAUUACACUAUUUAGCUUGAAUACACUAUUUUGCCUAUAACGUUUUUUAGGACUUCGAAUUCUGUCUUAUGGUUUGGAUUGUUCGUACUUGGUUUUAUUUUAUUUUUUUAUAGAACGAUUAUCAAGACAUCAUUUUACAGAAAACCCACUGUACCCCAGUAGCAAUAGUAUAUAAGCUAAUAAUGCUCGGCACGAUUGCUUCAUGAAUAUGGUUCAGGUGUCACUACGUGUAGAGAAAUACAUAGAAUCAUUUUGAUUGUUCCACACAGUGAAAUAUUCCCUUGACCCUCUUGAUGCACACAUUUGGCUUUCGCACUAUUGAUUUGUCUGAUGAGUGGCACCCGUCGACACGUCAACCAAACCGCCGUUCAAUUGACUUCAAAUGUUUCUAAUGGGUGACUCCUGUCGACACAUCAGUCAAUUCGUCUGUCAAAUGUUUUGUGUAAACGAGGACGUAUUUGGUAAAAUAAUUUAAUAAACAUAUAUAAAAUUUGAA